AUGACUUUCGAGCCCAACUCCUCUAACUCCAACGACUCGACUUCACCUCCUAACCUCCUUUCGAAAGGUCAUAAUAGCCCUACGUUCUGUCCUCCGCCCACCGACGGGACGUUAUGUCUCCCUGAGCUCUUCGAGUUCCAUGCACAACACAGCCCGGAGCACCCAUUGUUUGUGUACGCAGAUAGUACAGCUCGAUCUCUCGACGGUAAGGACGAUCAUACCGGUGAUUUGGAUGCCCAAAUAAGGACCAUCAAGUAUCCCGAGGCUUGGCGUAUGAUUCUCAGAGCUGCCAGGAUCGUCCAAGGCCACUACGCAAGGUUCGAGGACAAGUAUGCGCUGCAGGAUCGAAGUCUUGGAGUCUACGGCAUGCCACAAGAUGUUCCGCCUACUAUUGGGAUACUAGCGAACGCAGACUCGAUCAGUUUCUUCUGCACCAUCGUUGGCGCUAUGCGCCUCGGCCUCACCCCCUUCCCACUCUCCAUCCGUAACUCAUCUGUCGCCGUAGCCCAUCUCAUCAAGAAGACACAACUUCUUCAGGUGUUUGUUUCGCCGGAUCCGGCUAUGCAGAGGCUCUUUGCCCAAGCGAGUGAGAUUCUGAAGAAGGACGGUAUUGACGUUGAGAAACUGGAUAUGAUUCAGUUCGAAGACUUGCAGGAUAAGCUUGAAGGUACUGGGGCUGAUGAUGUGGCGAGGCUGACGGAGGAGCUGAAGCUACAGAAGUUAAAUACGGAUGCUACGGCGGUCAUAAUCCAUUCUUCUGGCACGACUUCUUUCCCCAAGGCCGUGUACCUCCCGUACGGGGUGAUAGCGCAAUCAUGGUGCAAGGAUCCUUAUUACUGGCAGCGCAACAUGUGUGGUACAGUAAUGGCUCUGCACGCAUGUCCUCUUUUCCACGGCAUGGGUAUGGUCAGCAUCUUCUGGACUUGCGUGUCUGGCAUUGUCAUGGCAGUCUUCAAGCCUGCUUCGCCACCGACCAUCCCCACUCCGGAAACAUACAUGACGGAUAUCAUCAGAACGAAGAGCGAGGCUGUAUUCUGCGUUCCUUCGUUCAUUGAGGCUUGGGCCCAAGAUAUGUCUAAUUUCAGAGCUAUGAAGUCAGUGCACACGAUCACUUUCAGCGGUGCUCCCAUGGAAAAAUCUGUUGGUGACGAGAUUGUCAAGUCUGGGCUUGACUUGUACGCCAACUUUGGAUUAACGGAAACAGGGUACAUCAAUAUGUGUUUACCGUCGGAACGUUCGAAUAUCGAUACCUGGGAAUGGUUCGAAUUCUCCCCGCGAGUGGAGAUCGAGCUCUUACCGCAGGAAGAAGAUCCUGAAGGAGGUGGUGAUGUGUUCGAGCUGUGCCUCAUCAAAAAGGCUACUAGCGGAUUGGCCGUGAUCAAUGCUUCGUCAAGUGAUGGGAGACCUAUGUACCGGACUUCCGAUCUUAUACAGCGGCAUCCGACGUAUCCACAGAAAUGGAGGGUUUACGGUAGGGCGGACGAUCAGAUAAUGUUGUCCACUGGCGAGAAGACUAAUCCCGGACCACUCGAGUCGAUCCUAUUUCAAGAUCCUCAUGUGGCAGCAGCCAUCAUGUUUGGAAGGGGUCAGAUCCAGAACGGUGUUUUGGUGCAUCCAGUGCCAGAGUAUGAAUUUGACCCGACAGACGAGAAGAAACUUAUCGAAUUCCGUAACCUUAUCUGGCCUACCGUCGAGAAGAUGAAUAAGUUUGCUCCCGCACAUUCCAAAUUAUUCAAAGAGAUGAUUAUCGUAUCUAUACCCUCGAAGCCCUUCGAGUACAAUUCCAAGGGUAACCCCAGACGCCACUUCAUAAUCAACAUGUACGAGCCCGAAAUACAAGCUUUAUACGCCACAAUCAAAGAAUCGACUCAGCCGGACAUCACUGUUCCCGAAAAAUGGGAUGGAGUCUCUGUGAUGGAGUUCGUGAGGCGAGUAGUGACCAAGGUUAUGGAGUUUGAGAUAUCGGAUGAUGCGGACUUGUUCCUGGAGGGAUGCGAUAGUUUGAAGGCGACAUACAUUCGCAACACCAUAAUGCAUGCAACCCGGCAGCCAUUGGCCCAAGCAGGCUCGAGCGCCCGACUUCCAUACAACUUCGUCUAUGCCAAUUCGACCAUCUCCGCCCUCUCCUCCUUCGUCAUGUCUCUCUUUGGUACUAACGUCGGGGAGGAUUCCGCCAGCCAAAGCGAGCGCGAAGCAAAGGGAAUGGUCUCCAUGGUCGAGAAGUACAGCUCUGAGUUACCCAUGCAUAAUCCUGGCGGCGCACCGGCCGCGAAGACAGUCGACGAAAUCGUGCUCGUUUCUGGGACCUCUGGACGACUCGGCGCCCAUCUUUUGGCACAGUUACUUGCAAGGCCUUCGGUGGCGAAGGUGUAUGCCGUGAACCGUCCGUCUCCAGGGGGUGCUCUGGCUAGGCAGAGAAGUAUCUUUGAGAACUGGGAGCUGGAUACGAAGCUGCUGGAGGGCGGCAAGAUGGCAUUACUCGAAGGAGAUUUCAGCAAGCCUGAUUUUGGUGUCGGCCAAGAUGUAUACGAAGAGAUCCGCGACUCUAUCACAAGCAUCAUCCAUAACGCAUGGCGUGUCGAUUUCAACGUAGCUUUGUCUGGAUUCGAGCCCCUCAUCUGCGGUGUCCGAAACUUGAUCAACCUUUCCCUCAACUGCCCUCGUCCAUCGCCGCCUCCCAUCGUAUUCACCAGCUCCAUUUCCACCAUCACAGCCUCCCCAAUCGUCCCAGUUCCCGAAAUACCUUUCACAGACCCGCAAAUUGCGAAUCUUUCCGGAUACAGUCGGAGUAAAUGGGUCGCUGAGACUCUUCUCCUUUGGGCGAAGCAAGAGCGUGAUUUAUGCGUCAAUGUGGUUCGCGUCGGACAGAUAGCGGGCGAUACGAAAGUUGGAGGAUGGAACGAGAAGGAAUGGGUACCCGUGAUGUUGAGAGGUUCCCAGGUGUUAGGUGCGACUCCCGAGAGAACUGAGGACACUAUCUCAUGGAUCCCCGUCGACACAGCCGCCUCAGCUCUUAUCGACAUCGUUGGCAGCCCCGAAUCUGUCCUACACCUCGUUCAUCCAUACCCAGUCCCAUGGGCCGUCGUCUCCUCCACUGCCUCCGAACUCCUCAAAGUCCCCAUCGUGCCUUUCAGCGAGUGGAUGUCCAUGCUCCGAGAAGCCGCCACACAGGACCAGAGCUCGGCCGCUGACGACUCGGACGUGAUCGAAAAUCCGGCGUUGAAGAUCUUCGACUUUUUCGAGAAAGGGAUGGCGGAGAUUAGUGAGAUUGUGAUCGCAACGGAUAAGGCGGUCGAGGUGUCGAGGAGUUUGAAGGAGGCGAGGGAGUUGGGGAGGGAGGAUGUGGAGAGGUGGGUGGGUUAUUGGAGGAAGGUCGGGUUACUGAGGGAUUAA